UUGGGUUUGUGGUUGAAGGUUCUUAGUUGCGGAAAUCAUUAGAGAAGGAGAGAGGAAAAUGGGGAGUUGUGGAAGAAAUGGAGCAGUGAGACAGUAUGUAAGAUCUAAGGUGCCUCGUCUGAGAUGGACUCCUGAUCUUCAUCGAUGUUUUGUUCAUGCAAUUGAAAGGCUUGGAGGACAAGACAAAGCUACCCCAAAGAUGGUUCUUCAGAUGAUGGAUAUCCGGGGGCUUAAAAUUUCACACGUUAAAAGCCAUCUUCAGAUGUAUAGAAGCAUGAAAAAUGAUCUGAACAGACAAGACAAUCAAAGGAAACACUCUUUUGAUGAUCAUGGAUGUAGUAUUGAUGAUGAUGAGAGGAAUGAUGUGGGUUUCCUUCCUUCUUCUUAUCCCAUGAAGGAUUCUCAAGAUUCUGAUCAGUUCAUCUAUACCCCUCUCCCUCCUAAAAGGGCUAGAAUAGAGAGGACGAGUUCCAUCACCAAAAACAUGAAAUGCUCUCAAAGAAUAUGUGACAGGGUCACCUCCCCGUACUAUUUUCAUGAUUAUCUGCAAAACAUGGCUGAGAAAGGUGGAGGAAUAAUAAAGGAGAGUUUCAGAUGGCAGCAGCAGCAACAGCAACAGCAGGAGGCAGAGGCUACUUCCUCAACCUUCUCUAUACCACCACAUCACCUUUACAACCUCAAUGCUUUCGGAUACGCAAUCGAAGAAUCUGAGCUCUUCAAGAUUUCCAGACUAGAUGAUCAACAACAGCUUUCAUUCACAAGGAAUCACAAAAUGGAGAACACUGAAAACAGUUUCCAGUCUCUAAUGUAUCAAUCUAGUGAUAGAGAUGAUCAUGUCACUGAGGAUGAAGAAGCUGGUGAUUGCACCCUCUCACUGUCACUCUCUUUACGUCCAUCGAUGCAAGCAAGUUAUAAUGCUUUGUCUGCAAGUGAAAUUAGUGAAUCUGAUUUAAAUUUGGAUCUCUCCAUCUCCCCUUGUAGUCAUUGUUGGACAUUGUAAAUCUUAUAUGUUUCCAUCAAAAUCUAUCCUUCUUUUUCUUAUU